AUGUCUGAUUUGCCGCCUGAACAACUUGAACAGUGCAUCUAUGAUUUCUUGGUUCAGCAAGUGGGUGAAGAUGUUUCUGACCGAGAGAAGCGUCAAGUUGGAUAUAGUGAUAGAAUAAGUACUCCAAGCUAUGGACAACAAGAGUAUAGUUUUGACAAAGAAAAAGAUCCCAUGGAUUCCCUACUACAACUAUGUGUUUCUGUGAUAGUAAAAAGUUACCAGAUUGAGUCCAUUACACGAACGGCAUUGGACCAAUUGACAGAAUUGAGUGUACUAUUCAUGGAUAAGCUGCUUGGUCGAUUACAUAGGAUGACAGAGAUACAAAGACGGCACAUGCCAUCAAAGGCCGACAUACAGAUACUUGUAAGAGAGGGAUAUUUAAGUGUUGAUGAUAUUUAUGAGGAGUAUAUGAAGAACAAAGGUGUCGACUACAAGCAGAGUAUACAACAGAUUGAAGAGAAAGCCAGGACAAUGGCUAAUGUACCUCACCAAAAUACGAUGGUUGAUGAUCCAUCGUUUGUUUUCUUUCACAAAAGUGCUCAGAUUGUUCCCUCGGACAAGAAGCAGGCUUAUAUACCUGGAUGGAUGCCUGCUUUACCACCCGACUAUACAUAUAAGAAAACUCCAAGCUACUCGCAAAGAGAUCUGGACCCCCGCAAGUUGAGGGAGACGUUGGUGAUGGAGGGACGUCUAGGCGAAAAGGCUUUGUAUCAUAUAAUGGGGAGCUAUGGGGGACAGGAGGCCUCGAAGGAGGCACAGGAUGCCACGAAGGAGGCACAGGAGGCCUCGAAGGAUGUGGAUACAGAUUUGGAUACAGAUGAUGAUGAAGUUGACAAGGAAGUUGACGAUAAAGUUAACAAGGAAGUUGAACGGAUUAUUGUGGCCGUGGACAAACCUGUACUACCUGGAGUAUCUGGAGUACCUGUACUGCCUGUACUGCCUGUACUGCCUACAGUGCCUGCAAGAAGCUCUACAUCAUUUGAUAUUUCAGAAUAUGCUCAAAAACGACUCAAAUUGCUUGAGAAACGCCGGAAAGAGAAACAAAGACUUAUUGAUGAACGUAUGAACUCGGAGGAAGCAAUAUUGGGCCGUCAUUUGGGUGCCUACACGAAGUACCCGAAGUUCCCGGUCAAUUAUAAUACCUUUUUGUCAACUUUCUAUCAUAACAAGCUGACAGAAGUGACCAAAAAACUCCGGCAUCAAUAUAAGAGACAGUUAAAGCAAAAGGAAAGAGAGGAAUCCAAAAGAAAGGUGUUGAAAGAACAGAAACAGAGGCUUGAGAAGGCUAAUUCUAUAGAAGUGGGUGCAUUUGGUAAUGCAGAUGUCAGUGCAGAUGAAGAAGUGGACUUUGAGAUGGAGUUCUCCGAUGCUGAUGCCAUAGAUAAUGAUAUAGAAGGAGCUACGGCCAACGUCACUGCUGUCCAGGUUACCUCGUCCUCAUCUCCGUCCGUAAAGUAG